CCUCUUCUUGGCUCCGUAAAAAAAGAAGGAAUCAUUCAUAAGGAAUGAGUGGAGACUCCACGCGACUGUUUUGUGGACUAGCGGAGGUUUCGGCGCGCGGAGCUUUGUGCCAGAGUCGCUGCGGAAAUGUGGGCUGGUAAUGUGUGGCAGCCGUAGCCUCUGGUAUGGACACCGGUGAGGGAGGAGGAGGGGAUGGAGGGGGAGGAGAGGAGAGAGAUGCUGACCUCAGUCCCCAGGCUUUAUCUCUUCCUCUCCUGACCCUGGCGGUCAUUCCAGAACAGGGGCCAUCCUCUUGUACCUCAGUUGUGGCCCCUGCCAAAGAGCCCCUGACCCUGUCUCGGCAGGGGGAGGUGGGUGCAGAAGGGUCCCAGGCUGGAGAGGAAGGUGAGCAAAAAGGAGGAGACCGACAUACACAGGAGAAUGCAGGGACGAAAGAGGACUUUGUUGAGGGAUGUCUGUCGGGGCAAAGGAAAGAAGGGAGAAUGCAUGUAGGUGUGGAAGAAGCUUCAUUUACAGGAGCCCUCCCAGCACCUCUUGACAGCAGAAGUGAAGAGGAGGAGAAGGAAGAGGAGAAGGCCAUCUCAAACCAAAGUCAAACCAAAUCCAAAUGUUCUUUAUUACCUCAACAGAGCCAUUACAGCUCUUCUUCCAGCACUGCAAAGGCCAGUGGCACACUCGACAGCAAAACAGCCGCCUCUCCAAAGCCCUCCCACCCUUCUUCCUCCUCUCCAAAGUUGUUCCCUUUUUCUCCCAUCUCUCCAAAGCACUUCAGUUGUCCGUCCUCCUCUUCUGCCCUGCUGAGCGAAACAGAGGUAAAAGACAUUAAGGGCGAUCAGGGCUGGAUUUCUGGGUUUCCUCAGAGCUUUAGAUCCCAGCAGUCUUCUAUGGCUUUUCCACUGGCAGGUACGGAGCCUGCCAGUACACCUGCUGAGGAUGACGUGCUGACAGGGGUUCCUCAUUCUUCCAUUCCUAAUGGAAAAGGUGCCAAAGCUCCAGAACCAAAUGACAGCCAGAUAGACACAGUGGAUGAUGAGAAAGACAAAGAAGGAGAACAGAAAGAAGCUGUCUCUAAAAACCUCAACCAAGAUCUCUCUCCUAACUCACUGACUAGUCACAUGACCAUAAUGCACUCACGCAACUCCUGCAAGACUCUUAAAUGCCCCAAGUGCAACUGGCAUUACAAGUCUCAGCACACACUACAGGUCCACAUGAAGGAGAAACAUCCAGAGACAGGAGGUCAGUGUGCAUGCAGUGCAUCUGGAGCAAAAUGUGUGUGUGGUGGUGCAACACGAGGUGUCUGUGCAUACUGCAGUUCGGGGAAACCCCAUCCUCGAUUGGCCCGAGGUGAAACCUACGCCUGUGGCUACAAGCCCUACCGCUGCGAGGUGUGUGACUACGCUACAUCAUCAAAAGGAAACCUCAGCAUACAUAUGCAGUCCGACAAACACCUUAACAAUGUUCAAAGUGGGGGACAUGCAAAUGGUAACAUGCACACCUCUCUUGGUACCAACAACAGUAGCUCCUCUAAUGGUCACACAGCAGAUGAGCAGCCUUACAACAAGAUCCCACUUUCUAUUUCAACACCUACUCCCCAGCCCACUAAGCUUUCACCAUCUGGACACUCCCAUUCUCACGGUAAACGGUGGAGAUGCGAUGUGUGUGACUAUGAGACCAGCAUUGCUCGCAACCUGCGCAUACACACUACCAGCGAGAAACACACACAUAAUAUGCUACGGCUCCAGCAGGGUUACUAUCUGUCUCAGUGCAGGAGUCUCGCCCCACAUCUUAAACACCUACAAAACACAGGUGCAGAGCUUUCCCUGAACCUACGAAUGACCAGUCAACAGGUCCCAGAACAACCAGUGACCCUGGGGUCAACUCUAACUCCAUCACCCUCCCCCUCUCCAUCUCCUCCUCCAGCCCCAGCUCUGUCCCCUACGGGACCCCUCUCCCAGGGUGUAUUCCAAUGCCUUGUCUGCUCAUGUUUCUCCUCCGACAGCUUAGAGUCUGUAGAGCAGCAUUUGAAUGCUCCCCGCUCCUUGCCACAGUCUGAGUGGUGCUCCCUUGUUGCAGGUGGUUGUCACUGCAGACUGUGUGGCUACACCACCCCAUUGAGGGCUAACUUCUCCUUGCACUGCCAGACUGAUAGACACCGCACCCGCUACCAGCAUGCUGCUCACAUCCAGGAGGGUGGUGACAGGGGUCAGGAAGGAGCCGCCCUCAUUGCUAAGGGGAACCACAUCCACCUGCGAUGCAACCUGUGUGACUUUGUGACCAGCAGCUUAGAGAAGCUACAAGGGCAUUCCCUAACUUCACAGCAUGAGGCGAGCACCCGGGUUUACGGAUUCCUGCAGCAGUAUGAUGGUGAGGUUGAUGGGGGUUCGUGGCUGUUUCAUUGUCUUCUAUGCAACCACUCCUCCUCUACUAAACUGCAAGUACUCAAACACAGCCAAACUUCAGCCCAUCAGCAGAGGGAAGGGCUACUGCAGCUGCAACCAAUGGGUGGAGAGGAGCUAGCUGCCAUUUUCACCAUCAGAAAAAGCUUGUGCGGCAUAAAAGGAGAGCUUAGUGGGGAUAUGGAAACUUCCAACACUGAUCCUUUGGACACCACCAAAGACACAAGUAACUUGGGGGAUAAGAAGAUUUCUGAGGAGAUAGACAAAACAAAGGAAGAGGAAAGAAAAAAGAGGGAGUCAUUGUCCUCAGUCAAGCGUCCAUCCUCUGGAUGUGGGAAAAUGGAUAAAUCCAACUCAACCAAACGUUUGAGAACACACCAGCAAACUGAGAACCAGCAGAGUGUCCAGUGCCCCUUGUGCCAGGUUAAGCUCCCAUGCACGCACCUUCGACAGCAUCUCACACAUGUGCACAGUGUGGCACAAGACUGUGUGGACAAGCUCAUCAGUGCAGUUACACCUUCCAUGGAACAACCACAGCCUUUAUCAGAGUCACAACUACAGACAGAUUUGCUUCCUGAUGAUAUUCAGAAAAAGAAAACAAAGAAUAACAAUGCAAACUGUUCCCAUUCGGCAGAUUCAACUGUCUCGAUUGAUUCACAUAAAAAUAAAGGUAUCUCAGUGGAGAACACUGAGGCAGACAUAGCCGCACCCAAAGAUGUCACAGCACUUCUCACCCCACCCCUAGAAGACAACACCACUCACCCUUCCAAUGGCACAGUGGCUCCUCAGUCCCCAACUCAGACACCCCCCUCCUCUCCACCCAGCUCCCCACCCAGUGACCCCCCUCCUCCUUCUGAUCGUCAUGGUUACCGGUUUCGUUGCAGCAGGUGCAGCUUGGCAUUCCCCACUCAGGAGAAGCUCCAGCUGCAUUGGCAGUACCAUGCCAUGAGGGCGGCGACAGAGUGUCCUCUUUGUUCUAGACAAUGUCGCAGCCAAGAGGCCCUGCAUAGACACAUGCAAAACACGCACUCACAGCAGGACAACACACAGGGACAGAAUACACUCUUGCCACCUCAAACUGUGCAAUACAUGGAGCAUAACAAGCAUUCAGUUCAGCAAGAUUUUAGUUUAUCACCUCAAGUGGGUCAAGAAGCAGGAGAGGGAGAUGAUGAGGAGAUAGACGAAGAAAUGUCAGACAUGGAGGAGGCGGAGGAACAAAAGGAAGUUGAAAUAAAAGAAAGGGAAGCUUUUUCUGAAGUAGGUGGAGCUGAGGAAGAUUUACCUGAGCUAGGGAAAGGGCCACAAGAGGAGAUUAUAUCAGAACCUAGUUCCAGCUCAGUUGUCAAAAAGAGCUCAAACCCUACAAUGGACCGUUAUCUGGAUCCAUCUAGGCCUUAUAAAUGCACCAUAUGUUCAGAAUCCUUUACUCAAAAAACAAUUCUUCUGGUUCAUUACAAUUCUGUGUCCCAUCUCCACCGGGCCAGAAGAGCCAUGCAAGACUCUGGGGGAAGUACUGCAGCUUCAGAGACACCACGUGGCCCAGAUCCUAGACCUUACCGCUGCCGAUUAUGUGGAGUGGGUUACAGUCAGAGUUCUACCUUGGACAUACAUCUUCGCUCUGUUCUUCAUCAGACUAGAGCUCGUGCUGCCCAGAACUCAGCUCAACAGAACCCCUCGUCAACUUUAGCUUUGCCUGUGUCAGUCCCCACUUCUGCCACACAGGAUGCUACAACCAGAGAAGAAAUGUCUAUAAAUUUGCCUGUUUCCAAGAAACUAGUUGAAGUAAGCUGUUCAACCUCUUCAUUAGCAGGCUCUGGUUUAUUAGCUGAGACUCAGCCAUCCUUCUCUGACCUAAUAGACUCCCAACAGGCAAAAAAGAGAGUAGCAGAGCUUCUAGCAUCAAGAAAUCAACUAAUGUUAAUACAACAACAGCAGCUAGCCCAGGCACAAGUUCAACUGCAACAGCAAACAGCACUGCUCCAAUCCCAGGCAAUUCAGAAUCAUCACUUAGGACCAGAUAAUCUUCUUAAACAGCACUUUUCACUGGCACCAGACAACUUGCUCUCUCUUCAACAGCAACUUCUUCUGCCAUUUUACUUGUCAGGUGAUGUAAAGCUCAACUCAGAGUUAACUAUAAAAGGACCGGAACUUGUUCACUUAGUAUCUUCUAACCCCAUUCCAAAAGAACCGGUGAAGGCAGAAUCUACGAAAGAGACCUAUUCAUAUGAAAAAGAAAACCAGAAACAAAGUUCAUGUUUGACUGUUAGCCAGGCAACUGAUUAUUCACAAAGUGAAGAGAAAGUUGUAGUUUGCAGUAGAUUCUCAAGCCAUCAGAUGGAAAGAGAGCAUUGUGUUUCUAGUCACGAGGAGAAAAAAGAAAAUACACACAUUAGUACGGAAAAAGAUGAGAAUAAAAAAAAAGAAGUUUCUUCCUCAUCAAAUCUUCUUGGAUUACGAUGUCCUCCUCCUAGAGUGCCCUAUGCUGCUGUAAAUGGGGAGCCUCUCAGAGCUCUGCUUCAGAGUUAUGGCUACGAGUUGGCGCUGCAGCAUAUACAAAGUAGACACAGACACCAGCAGCAAGUACCAACUCAAAUAUUAUCAUCUGAUUAUAGUGUCUGUAAGACAGAGGUUCCCCCAGAAAAAGAAUUUUGUCAAUUACAGAAAGAAAUGUUAGAAGAUUGUAACAACAAUAGUAAAGGAGAAGAAGGCAAUGGAAGGAAUGAAGAGAAAAAAAAGACUGAAAAUGAGGCAUCUGGAAACAAAAAGAAAAAAUGCUGUGAGGCAGGACAAAAGUGUAGUGACUGUGGCAAGUUUUUCUCAGAUGCUUUGAUUUUAAAAAGUCACCAGGAGUAUAUUCAUAGAGUGCUGUUUCCCACUGCUGCACUGGAGAAGUUUUCCAAGGAAUAUAGACUGCAAUAUGAUCAAAUGUACCCCAUUUCUGAGCCUAAAUCUGGGGAGAACUCAAACGUUUCUAACCAAGCUUCUAAUGUAGCUCCAACCCCAGGCACAUCCACAGAGCCAGAUGCCACAACAGAGUCAGUUCAGCCUCAGGUGAAAAAUACAGAAUCUUCACCUAUACUGUCAGUUUCAGAUCCCAUGAAUAAAGUAAGUGAUACAACUAAAGACCUGCAAACAAUAGCUCCUUCGGAUUCUUCUUCUUCCCCUUCUCAACCACAAGAAUCUCAGCAACAGGAGGCAUUUGUUCCAGGCACACCGAUGACUGCUACUUCUCAAACUAAAACUCCCAUACCUCUUCCCUUACCUAAAAUACCUAUGCUCCCCCUGUCCUUGCCUCAGCUUCCUUUACCCCCAUUAACCAUACCAAAGCUUCCACUUCCGCCAAUCCCUUUUCCCAUGGAGUUGCCACUUCUCUCUCCAGUUGUGAUGCAGUCUAUGGCUCUUCAGACUCAACCGUGGCUAGAUUCAAGUGUGAACCCUGAACUGGCAAAACUGUACCAGUCUCAGCUUAACCCAGCACUUCUUGGACAACAGCCACAACUUAGUCCAGGUUUGCUUGCUCAGCAGCCACAGCCCAGCCCAGUUUUGUCAAGUCAUCCACCUCAUCCCAAUCCUGCUUUGCUGAGUCAAUCAUCCCAACCCAUGCAAACAGGACAGCAAAGCCAAAUCAGUCCAACCACACCUGAACAACAGCAGGGUAAAAGAACUCGGACAAGAAUCUCUGAAGAGCAGCUGUCUGUUCUAAAAAAACACUUUGAUAUAAGUAGUCUUCCUAGUGAUGAAGAGAUCAACAAGAUGUCUGCUCUGUCUGGGCUGCCUCAGAAAGUAAUUAAACACUGGUUCCGCAACACGCUAUUUAAAGAGCGCCAACGAGACAAGGAUUCCCCAUACAAUUUUAAUAAUCCGCCAACCACAGCUCUGGAUGAGUCCAGAGAUGAUGUAACAAAAAAACAGUAUUUAUCACUUUCCCCUUGUUCACUGUCCCCAGGCCUGUCAGCCAACACCUCUUCACAACCACAGCCAACAGGAGAGCACCACAGGGGCAGACGAUCUUCUCGGACCCGUUUCACAGAGCAACAGCUUGAAACUCUGCAGGGGGUGUUUGAGGCCACUCCAUACCCCAGAGAGGAAGAAUAUGACAAGUUGUCUGCUCUGUUAUCACUUCCUAAUAGAGUCAUUGUUGUAUGGUUCCAAAAUGCACGUCAGAGAGCCCGUAAAAAUCAAGACAAGGGAGCAGAGGAUGGAUCAGACGGGAAGAGCCAACUUGACAAUGUCACCAAACAGAGAAAUGGCUCUUACAAGACUGAUGUUGAUAAUCAGGACAACAGCUAUGAGGAUGAAGAACAAGGGGACUCUCAGAAUGAAAACUCCAUGGAUUUGACUUAUGAGUAUUACACUCAUCCUGAUUCACCUACCCUUGAUUCUUCCACUUAUUACUCAGAAAAUGAGCUUCUAGUGACCAAAAGUGAACAAAGCGCUACUGUGAGGAAAUCGGAAGCUGUAUUAACCUCUCAUCAGGCUACUGCUCAUGCUCAAAGCAAAAUUUUAGACGUAGACGUCCAACAGAAAGAAACUGCUCAGCCUAUUAAAACAGAACCUGGUUUGCAACCUGAAAGUCCUCUAGAGAAACCUAAAACCCUUGCUGCUUCCUCAUCACAAAAAACAACACUCCCCGUCUCACCUAUGUCUCAUUCAAACCAGGAGAAUACACACGGUUCUGACUAUGAACCUUGUGAAAAGGUUGCUGAUCCAUUACCUAGCUCACUCUCCCCCCCAGAGUUGGAAACAAACCACAAUGGCCUGCCAGAUGCCACAGCUUGCCCCUCCACUGAAACCCAGCAACAGCUCAAAGUCCAGGCUCAGUUCCAGUGUGGUCUCUGCCCAGCAUCUUUGCCAACAUUCCAGUUAUGGCAAGAACAUCAAACCAGACACCUUCUAGCUGCUCAGUCCCAGGUACAACUCUUUCAUUCCGGCUUCACAGAUCGACCCUUGCCUUACAUGAUGCUUCAUCCGAAUCACACCAUAAUGGCCAGCCAAUUGCUUUCAGGGGCUAUGUCUCAGAUUCCCCCUAAUCCCACACAUCCCAUGAUUUCACACUUGACCAGCAUGCAAAUGAAAAGCACAUUAGCAGAACACUCAAAUAGCACCCUUAACAAUUCUCUAUCACCCAUGAAACAGAGUACAAAACAUGUAUCAGAGACUAGUUUUGAAGGUCAACGGGGCAGUAGGGAAGUUGAAGAGGAGCAUAGAAGAGAUAAACGUCAAAGAACUACCAUCACCCCAGAACAACUCGAAGUGUUGUAUCAGCGCUACAGCUUGGACUCUAAUCCCACCAGAGGAGUCCUUGAAAGUAUUGCACGAGAUGUGGGCCUCACAAGACGUGUGGUUCAGGUCUGGUUUCAGAAUACACGAGCAAGAGAAAGAAAAGGGCAGUUUCGGUCAGUAGGACCAGGAACCACUUUCACCUUGGGCUUGAAUCACCUCCGCUGCCCAUUCUGCAGAGCUCUCUUCAAGGUAAAGAGUGCACUUGAUGCCCAUAUAAGAUCACGCCACUGGGCAGAGGCUGAAAGAGCAGGCUACAACUUAUCAGUAGUUAAUGGAUCCAAUGGGCAGAACAUGAUGGUGACACAAUCUGCUAUAGAGCGACCAGGUCCAUCCAUCUCCUCCAGCUCUAUCCCUAACACUGGCUAUGGCCUCACCAACAAAGAGUUAACUGUGAAGUCUCCAGUGACUUCUUUGUCCUCAUCCACAAGUUUAAAAAAUUCAGAAGAGGAUUAUGAAUACGAGGAAGAAGAUGAGGACUACCCAUAUGAGGAGAGUUCCAGUAUGGCUGAUCAAAGUUCGCCUAGUCCUGAAAUAUCUGGGGAUCAAAGCUCAGAUUGGAAUGAGUCACAAACUCAGCAGCACCACCACCAUCAACAGCAGCAACGUCAAAGGACACAGAUGAGUCACUUCCAGGUACUCCAGCUCAAAGACUUCUACAGGAACCACCGCACACCCAACCGCCUUGAGUGUGAAACACUUGGCCAUGAGUUGGGACUGCCUUCCCGUGUGGUACAGGUGUGGUUCCAGAAUGCCAGAGCUAAAGAGAAGAGGGCUCGGAGCCUGACUUCCGACUCUGCAGAAAGGGAGCAGGCUGAUCUGUCAGCAGGCGCAGUGGAGAGAGACAGAGCAUAGAAAGGCAGACUGCUUCCUUCAAAUAUGCUCCAACCAAAAUUCUUCCUCCAACUGCUGUCUAUGGCCACACAUACCCUGCCUACUUGCUGCCAAACCAAUAACCUGAACACCCCAAAGAUGCAGAGCCACAGUGGCCCAAAGAGAAACUCUCCCAACUCUUAAGGGAGAGCUGAAACCAAGUUCUCAUUAGCACAGCUUUCCUCUUUUCAUAAUGUUCUUUAACUUUUUUCUGGUCUGUCCUUUCUUGUUAAAACAAGCUCCUUUCCCUAUUCCUUCAAACAUCUUAAUACACCAAACACCAACUUGAUAAAAAAAAAAAAACAUGCCACAGAGGCCAAAGAGCAUUCUCCAAGUAUGUGACCUCACUGCCCAGCUAGACCUGCAGUCUACCUCUCAGUCUGCAUGACAGACUCCAAGUGGGCCCUCCACCAGACAGUGCUAGAUAACUAGCUGUGUAGCAUGUAGUCCCAGUCUGUAUAAGGCUGGAAAAUAAACUGUCAAAGAGAUUUUAGUGUAAAUAGAAAACUCCAAAAAAAAUAAAAUAAACUUGAA